CGAUCAGCUGAUUGUCAAAUAAUAGGUUAUGGGUCACAUGUCAUUUACCGAUUAAUUGGUAAUUUGAAGGAAAACUCUUUCACUCCAAGUAAAAGCUAUGAAUUUUGGAACUUAUACCGCAUUAGAACAAUUUGCGAGUAGGGUACUGGAAAUAACCAACAGGUACAGCAGCUUCAACCACGUAUCGUAUGAUCCUGGAAAUUUCUGUGGAAAAUGUACAAGGUAUCCAGCCUAUGGUGACUUCCCAGAAACUUAUGCAUUGAGAAAGUAUGGCAAAUGGUGGAAACUAACCGAAGCAAACUAUCAGAAACCUUACAGGGAAACCGAUAUAGAUCCCUUGGGUGUUGAAGACUUUGUAACAGUACGUUUCAACGAACCUGUGAUCCCAACAAGGUUAUUCAUUUAUGAGACCUACAGUCCUGGAUCCAUUGUUCGUAUAUGGGGUAGACUUGACAAGGGAAGAUGGGUUCUGAUGUGGGAGGGCAAACCACAGUAUUGUACCCCAGUGGCUAGAAAAUUCCAGCCGGUUCUUCGCAAACUAAGCUGUUUUAUAGAUACCAUUCGAUUAGAACUUAACUGUUCUGGACUGAAUCAUCAUGCAUGUUUCGAUGCAAUUCUGUUGAUCGGUUUUUCGGGACCAGGAACUGAAUUUCAGAUGCAGUGUUUGAAAGCUUUGAAUGCCCCCCUGAGGGGUCCCACAACAGAUGAUGAAGUACGACAAGAAGUUGAUCGGGUUAAUCAUUUCGACAAACUUCCACCUGAAUUGAAACUGUAUAUUUUCCGAUUCCUAGAUUUGAAAUCGUUGUCAAUGUGUGCCUGUGUGAGUUCUGGUUGGAACAAAUUAGCGAUUGAUCCUCUGUUAUAUCAGAAUAUCAGUUUCAAGGAAUAUUGGCAGGUUGUAGAUUCCAGAGUAUUUGAUUUUUUGGAAAAAAAGUGUGAGGUUCUUAAAAAACUAGAUCUUUCUUGGUGUGGCAGGGAUGACCAGAAUUUUGCAAGGAAAUUAUACCAAUUUCUACAUUGGUCAUGCUACAAUUUAACGCAUAUCUCGUUGGAAAAUGCAACAUAUUUUAACGGCAGUCAUUUAACAGCUAUCUGUUCUUCGUGUUCUGAACUUGAAGAGUUGAGACUGAAAAAUGUUUAUAUAUCUGAUCUCAUAUAUGUACAUGCGGAAACAGUAUGUAAACUUACUAAAUUGGUUACUCUAGAUUUAGGCUGCACAAAUAUCUCAUCUCACCUACUCAUCCCAUUGCUGAUGACAAAUCCCAAUCUUACAUAUUUAAAUUUGGAUUUCUGCGAAAUAGGUCCCUUGGACGAAUUGGUUAGGGUGAUAUCAGAAUACAAUACAAAGCUAAGAGGUUUCAGUUGUUGGAAAGGCAGACGGUUGACUGCCAGCAGUGCCAACUUACUGGGGAGAUGCCAUCAAUUGGAAGAUCUAGAUUUAGGGUGGUGCUUAAAUGCAUUCCCUGAGGAAGAUACUUUGGAGGGUUUGGCAAAAGGAUGUAGGGGUCUAAGGAGACUGAUUAUAUCCGCGUGGAGACCUCUUGUCGAUUCAAUGUUAUUUCCAAUAAUACAACAUUGUACAGGGUUGGAGCAGCUGGAUGUGCUUAGUAUUACAGGUAUUACCCCAGAAUUUGUUGAAAGAGCUCUCCUUCGAUUGCCUAAGUUGAAACUUUUGGAAGUGAGUUAUUGCGACUCCAUUUCUUUAAAGCGAGUGCAACAGUGGAGGACCAUGUAUCCACAUGUGACUAUACAAAAAUGUCUUGAAAUAGAUUAAUUUAUAAAUUACACUGUGAUUAUUGUAUUUGAGUAUUUAAUGAAGGGUGAGAUUAUGAAUGUUUGUCUGAAUCUAUGAUGUUUAUUAAUAAAUUGUUAUAUUUUUAUUAUA